AGCUGUUCCUCAGCCUGUUGUCCGGCAUGGGCCCCAUUUUCAACGGGAAGAUCCUGGCCGGCCCGUCGCUGUGCAAGGCGCUGCACGACUUCCUGGUGCGUUUGCAAAUGAGGUGCGACAUCGUCAGUCCGACGAGCAAGUUGGGCAACGUGCUGAAGACGUCGUUGCUCAAGGUCAUCUAUCAGUUGGCGCAGCCGUCCGGGUCCAUCGCAUCGAGGCUGGGGCCUUUGGAUGCGCAGUGCAAGCUGCUGCAGACCAUGCUCUAUCUGGAUUUCGUCAACACCGAUUUGAGUAUCGCCAUGAGCACGCUGGAGAGUACAGCUGCAUUGGUGUAUAGUUACGUUCUGAACAGAGAAAAAAUCAAAUGUGUAAGCAUAGGAGAAAAGCAGACCGGAAUGACAAACACUUUCAGCGAUAUAUUCGCCAGUGUUUUGGGCUCUGAUUCGAACAAGCAAGAUAGACCCGUAUCAUAUGAAGACCUGUUGAUAUUGAUGUUGAAACUCUUGGGCAAACUCGUUCAGACGCCAUUACCCGAUCAGCAGGAAGCGAUGGACACCGAGUCCUCGGCGACCUCCCAAACGGACGAGAGCAAAGCCGAACAGAUCCUGCAAGAAAAUGCCCAGCUGCCGGCCUCCGUGCCCUGUUUCGCCGACAUAGUUCUACAACACCAUCCCACCGUUAUCAGACUAUGUCGCUGUUUGGCGACAUGUAAGUCAUCUUCACUUUGUAUGCUAGCUAAUGUUUCGCAAAAGACCGCCUUUUCGAACUUGAGCGAGCCGAACACGGUGGGAGACGCCAUUUUCCAUCUGUUGGCGCUGCUGGCUAGAAAAGCGUCCACCAAGGAGUUGUUGCUCCAUCCGCUGUUGGUGUUUCUGAGACAAACGCCGCAGUUGAGCGAACCGCUUUUGUGGUUCAUACUGCAGGUGUUGGAUAAUGAAGAUGCCGUCAGGAAAUUUUUCAGUGCAGAUGGUAUAACCGUGUUGGGUGCGAGCAUAGUGACCAGCAGCAAUUCGCCGAGCACGUUGUCCAAAACCGGCACCAUCUCCACGGUGAUGCAGCAUUUCAGCGGCACCGCCACCGCUCCGCCUGACCCCAGCUCGGCCAUACCCACCGCCACCAACACCUCUUCGAAGAAGAUCCUCCAGGCCUCCAUGGAGAACAAGAUGUCGCUGAUCAACUUCGCCCCGUACUGCACCAUCUCGUGCGAAUCGAGCACCGCCCAGCCGGCCGACGGGCUCAUUCAGUUCGUGUCCGGGGUGACGCAUCGCAGGGCGAGGACGCCAUUGUGGUCGUACCACUUCUACCCCGAGGAGAACCACACGGAGCUGAUGCUGCGGCUGCCGAGCGCCGUGCUGCUGAAGGAGGUGCAGCUGCAGCCGCACGCCGGCGGGCUGUCUACGUGUCCGUCGUUCGUCGCUUUGGAGGUAUCGGCGUACGGCCCGUCCAGACUGACCCCCGCCUGUCUGCCGCUGCCCACCAGCGGUCUCACCUACAUCCGGCUGCACCUGCCCGUCCCGCGGGUGGCCGACUGCGUGCUCAUUCGCCUCUACAAGCCGAGGGACGCGAACAGCAUCGGGCUGCUGCAGGUGCGGCUGCUGGGCAGCUACGCGUUCGGCGGCGGCGCGGCGCAGAGCGUCGACGUCGAGGACGAGGCGCACUGCCGGCACAGCCUCGGCUGGCUGCGGCUGAUGCACCAUUGUUUCGGUUCGGCGACGGAGGAGGGGUUGAGGCGGCGGAUGGUGGAGGGGGCUUCGCGGGUACCCGAUCUGCUUACGACUUGUUGCGGUCUUUUGUUGGUGCCAUCCCAUAUUUUGCCGGUGUAUUUGCCGUGUUUGGAGAAGGUGCUGAGAGAAUUAGCUUUAUACAGUCCAGAAAACGGAUUUCACACGAUGCGAGUGCUCUUGGACAGUCGCUCGGGGGUUAUAGAACCGCUGAUGGUGUUGGACUCGAACUGGCAGGACAGGCUGAUCAACGUCUCGGGGUAUCAGUCGGCUUGCGAGCUGCUGUUCCAGAUCUGUGAGCAUCAGGACUUGCACACUUCAUACCGAGUUAAAAUACUGUUAGACUGGUUGGAAAUGACGGCGAAUCAAGCCAUAGCAACAGGCAACACGGACAACUGCAACCCAGCCUACGUGUCGAGCAUAGCCUCCAUCCUGUGGUCGGCGAAACAGUCCCAAGUCCAGUACAACUUACGAUCUCUCGUCACCAUGGAGAUCUUUGACGCCAUUUACAAUCUCAAAACGCAGGUGGAAUGCAGCCUCAGCAUGAAAUACGCGCUAGACUCGUUGAUGUGUUCCGUAUGCUACAUCAGGUCAGAGCUGUACUCUUUGUUGCUGCAAAAAAUCGGCGUCUUGGUGCGUGGUUCGUCUGCGGGAAACCAGGCCUCGAUCAGUGACGAUAGGAAGGAUUCCGAAAGCAUGACGGAUGAUUCUAAGCAGAAUUCUGAGUGGUACAAUUACCUCGUCAUCGGGGAGCUGUCAGAAUUGAAUUUGAGCAGAGAACAGCUGGAGACCAUAGCAUUGGUCAGCAGGUCUCCUAGCGCUAUACAGCAGUUGUUGGACUCGGGCUUACCGAGGCUCUUGAACAGCGCCAUCUUUGAGUUCUGCAGUUCGGACAGCGAGGCGACUGUACCGAUGGCACGACUGGAGAACGUCACUAGCAUCUUGCAGUUCUUCACCGACGUGUGCGACGAAAAAACCAUGAGAGAUUGGUUGGGUUCCGAGGACGGAUCCUCCUUUUGGCUCCACCUACUGCAGUGGCUGUGCAAAAAACCCACCACGCAAAGUUCCAACCUGCAAACUGAGGCUCACGUGCACUUGGAGGAGGUUUGCGUGAAGUUUCUGUCGAAGUGCUGCCUCUGCCACGCGCCGAACCAGGCCAGACUGGCCAAAGUGCUCUGCGACGUCAUCUAUUUGCAGUCGAAUGGCAUAUCGGGUUUCAUGAGGCGGUUGAUAUUGCAGCUGUUGCUGGAGAACGAGAAGAUCCCCGUGAGCAUCGAGGCCGACGAGACGCUGUACAAAAGCACGAAGCUGGCGCAGGCGUAUUUCCCCACGCAUCCGGCCUUCAAGCAGACCUACAACCGAGCGAUGCUGUGCCUCGGCACCAACACGACCUUGCUGGAGAUACUCGAGCAGCAUAUAUUCUUCAACACGUCCUACAAGUCGGAAAUGGUGCUGAACAAGAAGGCAACCACGUCCGCCAAGAAGGAUAUCUUCAAGUCCUGGUUCGCCGCCGACGAACAAGAGAUGAGUAUGGCCGCCGGGGUGACGGCCAAAGACAAGCGCGCCAAGGACGCCAAGAACCAGUUGUACGCCGCGACGCCGCAGAGCAAGAAGAAGCGGUACGCGUCUGAGUCAGCGGGGACCGGCGACAUGUUGGAAGGAAGGGUGAUCAAGUGCGAGGCCUUCUCGGAUCAGCCGCUGCCGCUGACGGUGAAUCUGGGGCAGCUGUUGCGGCUGAUCGAGACUAGAGGGGCUGCCGUCGAUUGGCCUUACGUACAUCUGAAAAUCUACCAGUGCAAAAGUAACGAAGAUAAAUCGAAUUGCGACAUGACUUCGUCGACGUUCCAACAACCGCCUCCGAUCUGUAGUGCCUUACAAGUGUUCAGCUCCAUGGGGGGUUUGGCUUUGCUCGCUCAACAUCUGCCCACCAUCUACCCAGAAGCCGUCAGACCGACCCAGCAGGAAAAGUCCACGGCAGAUCAGUCCGAUUCCGAAUGGAUCAAAGUGGAAGAGUGUGACGAUAUUUACGAAGACAUGAUGGAAGAUGCCAUAGGGACCACCUCUCCAUCCAAGUCUUCGGUCCUCAUCUCGCAUGUACCUCCUCACUCGCUAACGGCUUUCGGGCUCUUCUUGAGGCUACCGGGCUAUGCAGAAGUCCUGCUCAAAGACAUGAAGAGGGCUCUGUAUCUGCUGCGGCUCAUUCUAGGUGUCACCGAUGACGGAGAAGGUGGCGAUAUUUUCAAUUCCCCGAUUUCCGAUUCGUUACCGACGCUACCUUUCGAGGUGUUGAAAAAAUUAUAUGACGCCACUCCGCUCAGCACUGAUGACGGACGGCUGCUCAGGAGAAUCAGUAUUAAUUUUGGAGUGGUGCACCUUUUGCUGGCUUGUCUGAGCAUAUUCACGCACCAUUCCGGCAAUAACGGAGACAAAGAUCAGAAUAACAAGAAUAAGGAGGAUAGGUCCCAACUGUACUGGGCUAAAGGUACAGGUUUCGGUACUGGAUCCACCCAGCAAAGUUGGAACGUCGAACAGGCGCUGUUGAAGCAGAGGAACGAAGAGGAGCACGUCACAGUGCUGCUGCUAGUUCUGGCCAGUUACAUCAAUCCCAACGAUGAGGCUGAAGAUGAACUGUGCGGAAACGUCCUACCUCAGCCGUUCAACGAGCUUCUCACUCAGAGCGCCCUACUGCCAGCUAUCUGUUCUUAUCUAAGGAAUGAUUCGGUGUUGGAUAUGGCCAGGCAUAUUCCUCUCUACAAGGCGGUACUGCAGCUGCUGAGGUCGCUAGCCGUCAGCUCGCAGUUGGUCAGCCUUUUGCUGCCUCAGAAGAACAAAAGUCGUGAUCCGUCAGUGAGUUCUUUGCUGAGAAGCAUGAAGACUUGCGUGGAUACGUACGCUUCUAAACUGAGAUUGAACAAUAAAUCGAAACCCAAAUCCAAGUUGGGCGAGCAAAUGGAGGAUUUGGAACAAGGGGAGGGCCUCGCCACUUUGAUGCCGGACAUCCAGAAUACCGCCAAUCUAGUGUCGAGGGUGACCAGCGGUCUGGUGGAUUCUGACAGUUCCUAUGACAGCGAGACUUCCAUAGAUAAAAGGGUGGUGAUCUCGCUGGACGAACAGUAUUUGAGGAUAAUGAAAAAUUUGCAAUUCUCUUCCUACGAGAUGAUAUCCGAUUUGCCAGACGGCGGCAUAAAGUUCGUGGUGUCUCAUCACUUCGAGAGCAACGCGAAAACGACCAGCGAACAAUCGCAUCCCACCCGAGUGAAGCGGAUAGCGCAAGAGGCUGUGACAUUAUCCACUAGUUUACCUUUAAGUUAUAGUAGUUCUGUUUUUGUAAGAUAUGAUACGUCGCGCUUGGACGUCAUGAAGGUCCUCAUCACAGGUCCUUGUGAUACACCGUACGCGAACGGCUGUUUCGAGCUGGACGUGUUCUUCCCGCCCGAUUACCCCCUCUCCCCGAUGCUGAUCAACCUCGAGACGACCGGCCAUCACACGGUCAGAUUCAACCCGAACCUUUACAACGACGGCAAGGUGUGCCUGUCGGUGCUGAACACGUGGCACGGCAGGCCGGAAGAGAAGUGGAACGCGCAGACGUCGAGCUUCUUGCAGGUGUUGGUGUCCAUACAGAGCUUGAUACUGGUGCCGGAGCCCUAUUUCAACGAACCAGGGUACGAGCGAGCGAGAGGCACGCCGGCCGGCACGCUCAGCUCGCGCGAAUACAACCUCAACAUCUGCCAAGCGACCGUCCGAUGGGCCAUGCUCGAGCAGAUCCUGCACCCGUGCGCGUGCUUCAAGGACGUCGUCCAUGCGCACUUCUACCUCAAGCGGCACGAGAUCAUGGCGCAGGUGGAGCGGUGGAUCGGCGAGGUGGAGCUGGAGGUCGCCAAAGAGAAGAAAAUGAACAGUAGAUCCAGCAAAAAAUCGCCUGCCAGCACCCUGGAGACCUUCAAGAAGGUGUACCAGCAGCUGAAGGAGGCCCUAUUGAAGCUGAAGCCGCCACCGGAAUUGGAGGAAGACGAGGAGGAGAUGCCCCUCACACCCACCAACAACAUGGAGGUGGCCAUCGAGGUGCAUCAUGCAGAUACCGACAAGGACAUGGAGAAGAUGGUGAACGACAUGUGCGAAUGAGCGAGGGAUCCAACUGCAUUUACCUUUUUUUAUCAUUUCAUUGUAAAUUGUGACUAUAGGUACAUUUUAUUUCGUUAUAUAUAGAGCAAUAUUUUAUAUAUUUUUGCAGGUGACAACUGGAUGAUUGAUUAAUUGAUUUUCCAAAUAUGAUUUCGGACCCAGUAAAUUUGAGUGACUGUUGAUUGAUGGAGGGUUAGUUACCUAUGUAUAACUUGUGUCAUGGAUUUUGUUGAUACUGAUGUAGAAUAACCAAUAAAUUAUUUCCGAUAUUUUAAAUUGUUUAUAAACGAAUGUGAUUUAAAAUUAUAAAAAUAAUGAUAUCGUU